CGGCCCGUUGCACAACUUGGGCUCCCGCGUGUGAACAAAGCUCUCAUGGCUGCGGCUGUCUUAACUCCUGGGCUUGGCGGCCAGACAGGCGAGACGGCGGCAGAAGUGUCUCCGACUGCGAGGUGGCUGUAUUGUGGAGAGCCCGACGAGAACCAGAGAGCUGUGCUGGUCCAGUUCUCCAACGGAAAGCUGCAGAAUCCAGGCAACGUGCGCUUUACCCUGUGCAAGAGCAAUGACUCCACAAACCCCAGGAAGAGGAGUCAACGGAUCCUGGCAGCUGAAACAGACCGACUUUCCUAUGUGGGAAACAAUUUUGGGACAGGAGCGCUCAAAUGCAAUACUCUGUGCAGGCAUUUUGUGGGAAUUCUGAACAAGACCUCUGGCCAAAUGGAAGUGUAUGACGCUGAAUUGUUCAACAUGCACCCUCUGUUUUCAGAUGAGUCAAUUGACAGUGAAUCAACACUAGAGAGUCAGACCAAAACUUACCGAGAGAAGAUGGAUUCUUGCAUUGAAGCAUUUGGUACCACUAAACAGAAGAGAGCUCUGAACUCCAGGAAAAUGAACAAAGUUGGCAGUGAAUCUUUGAAUCAUGCAGUAGCUAAAGCUGCAGAGAGUAUCAUUGAUGCGAAGGGUGUGACUGCUCUGGUCAGUGAUGCCAUCCACGGUGACUUGCAAGAUGACUCCCUCUACCUUCCUCCAUGCUAUGCUGAUGCAGCCAAGCCUGAAGAUGUGUAUAAGUUUGAAGAUCUUCUUUCUCCUGCGGAGUAUGAAGCUCUUCGGAGCCCAUCUGAAGCUUUCAGGAACGUCACAUCAGAAGAAAUACUGAAGAUUAUUGAAGAGAACAGGCACUGCUGCUUUGUCAUAGAAGCGUUGAAGUCUUUGCCAUCAAAUGAGGAGAGCCGAGACCGCCAGGCCCGAUGCAUAUGGUUUCUAGACACCCUCAUCAAAUUUCGAGCUCAGAAAGUAAUUAAGCGAAAAAGUGCCCUGGGACCUGGAGUUCCUCACAUCAUCAACACCAAACUGCUGAAGCACUUUACCUGCUUGACUUACAACAAUGGCAGUUUACGGAAUUUAAUUUCGGAUUCUAUGAAGGCGAAGAUCACUGCAUAUGUGAUUGUACUUGCCUUGCACAUAAACGACUUCCAAAUUGACCUGACGAUGUUACAGAGGGACUUGAAGCUCAGUGAGAAAAGGAUGAUUGAGAUAGCGAAAGCCAUGAGGCUAAAGAUCUCUAAAAGAAGGGUGUCUCUGGCAGCUGACAGGGAAGAGGAUCACAAAAUGGGCACUCUGUCCAUCCCACUGCCUCCAGCCCAGACCUCGGACCGCCAAUCAAAGCGGAGGAAAAUUACCUAGAAGUGUGGUUUCCAGACAAAGGAUUUUGGCCACAUCGUAGCCACUGCUUCUGUUCAUUUCCAUAUUUGUUUUUAAAAAGAAAGGGGGAAAAAAAGCCUUGCUUUGGCAGGGCCAUGAAGCCAGAAUCCAGCAUCUCAGUUGUGCUUGUCUUAUGCAGAAAUAUAAAGUGACAGCCAGAUUGGACUGUUGCUGUGAUUGGUGUUGCUGUGAUUAUAAAUGGCAGAUGUUUCUCA